AUGAAGCUCCCACUCACAGCACUCCUUGCUACCCUCGCGCUGACCACAAGCGUGACCGCGCAAUCCGUCGACGACGCCCUAACCCAGUUCCGAGCGCUCGCUGACCAGAUCGACAGCGUGCAGCGCUCAAUCGACGGCUACAAUGGAGGCGUUGUCCUCGCUCUACCGGUAGCGAAUGCGAUCUACAGAGCGCAUACGACAGCAACAGGCGCGCGGACCCAGCUGUCGCGACUCGCUCCUCUGUCUCGCGAGGAUAGCCAGCGUGCUCUUGAGGCGUAUAAUGAGAUUCAUCCGCGGCUUUUGAGGGCUAUGACGGCUGGGAGGAAUAAGGCACAGGUCUUCAGAAACGCAGGGGUGGGGUAUGUUGCGCAGGGGAUGAUCAGCAACCUGUAUAACGAGAAGAACCGGUUCGAGAGCGAGAUCAGGGCCAAGGUUGAUCCGGAGAUCUUCCAGGGUCAUCUGGCGGCUGCUGUAGACCAGGCCUUUCAGGAGACUUUGGCGCUGUUCUAG